CAACAACGGCGCACCAGUACAGCAGCAGACCUAGAGCCAAAACACGCGGUGCGUGUACACAAAACGCCACUGCCACCGCCGCCGUCUACGAACAUCAGCAGCAGCACCAGCAGGCCGUCGGCUGUGCCGUGCUAUUAUAACUUCGAAAUGACGGGAAGACGAAUUGUAGUAAUGGCCAGACAUGGUGAGAGCGAAUGGUCUAAAAACAAUGUGUUUUGUGGAUGGUACGAUUCACAUUUAUCUGAUCGAGGUAUGAACGAAGCCCUCGAAUGCGCAGAAUUGUUGAAAGAAUCAAAUUAUAAAUUUGACAAAGCUUAUACAUCUCUGUUGACUAGAGCUCAUCAGACUUUAAAAAUAAUUACUGAACACAUUGGUCAGCCUACUUUGCCAGUAGAAGAAUCAUGGAGGCUAAACGAAAGACAUUACGGAGCUUUGACAGGAUUUAAUAAAGCUGAAUUAGCUGAAGAAUAUGGUGAAAGUCAGGUACAGAUUUGGAGAAGAAGUUUUGACGUUCUUCCACCUGUGAUGGACAAGUCACAUGCAUAUUAUAUGUCCAUUUGGUGCCACCCAAAAAUCGUGGCUCACUCAUACACUUCAAGCGAAAAAUUUCCUUCUACCGAAUCACUUAAAGAGACGAUGGAAAGGGUUAUACCUUAUUGGGAUAAUUUUAUUGUGCCAAAUAUUAAACGAGGACAACGCGUUUUGAUUGUUGCCCAUGGUACGGUUUUGCGAAGUCUUAUCAAGUAUUUAGAUGGAGUAUCAGAUAAUGACAUUUGCUCAAUAAACAUCCCUUCGGGUAUUCCAUUCGUUUACGAAUUUGAUGAUGACAUGAAUGUUGUGUCUUCAAAAAAAUUUUUGGGUGAUAAAAAACGAAUAGAGGAAGGAAUAGCAAGAGCUGCAUCAAUCGGUUCUCAUUAAACUGCCAAUUAUGAAAUCGACUUCAGCAAAUGACUAUUUUUAAUCUGAAAUUUUG